UUCCACCUCCGAUUGUACCUCAAAAAAAAUUCUGCAUUUCCAAAUCCUUACCCUUUCUACGACGACAAUCUUUCUUCCGUCUCUUCUGCUACCUUCGAUUUCACUGCUUCAUUUCAUUUGAUUGCCGAUCCAAAUUCACAUCACUACCCUGCGCACAAACCCACAGCACAGCCAAAAGGUUUCUCUGCUGCUGCGUCCUCCUUCCAACUGCGGUGCUCACUAGUGUCCCCGCAAUUCAUCCUCACGCCGAGAAUCGAAGCAACCGUAGCGUCCACAGAUCUUUUGUUUACACAUAAUCCAAUAUGAUAUCAACUUCCUAUCAAAGAACUGUUGUGGACGGAUGAACCAAUGCUUAGUAUGUCUGAACUGAUCGAAGGUCUUCCCGACGCUGUUGCCAUCAGGUGCAUUGCACGAGUCCCCUUUUACCUGUUCCCCAAAUUAGAGCUUAUCUCUCGUUCGUGGCGAGCUGCCAUUCGCAGCACUGAACUCUAUAAAGCCCGGCAAGAGGUUGGCUCAACAGAGGAGUUGCUUUGCGUGUGCGCUUUUGAACCUGAGAAUUCAUGGCAGCUUUAUGACCCACUCCGAGAGCUUUGGAUUACUAUCCCUGUUCUACCAUCCAAAAUUAAGAAUCUGGCUCAUUUUGGUGCUGUCUCAGUUAGUGGGAAGCUGUUUGUACUUGGAGGGAGCAGUGAUGCUGUUGACCCAUUGACUGGGGAUCAAGAUGGAAGCUUUGCUACCAGCGAAGUAUGGUCAUAUGACCCUGUGAUUCGACGAUGGGCCCGGCGGUCAUCCAUGCUCGUGCCACGUGCAAUGUUUGCAUGCUGUGCUCUGAACGGAAAGAUAGUAGUGGCAGGAGGUCUCACUACAUGUCGGAAAUCGAUAUCUCGAGCCGAAAUGUAUGACCCUGAGAAGGAUGUGUGGUUCCCUAUACCCGAUCUUCAUCGUACUCCAGAUUCUGCUUGCACGGGACUUGUCAUUGGGGGGAAGUUGCAUGUUUUGCAUAGAGGGCUUUCAACCGUGCAAGUCUUGGACAGUGUAGCAGCAUCUGGGUGGAAGGUUGAAGACUAUGGAUGGCUGCAAGGUCCAAUGGCGGUCGUUCAAGAUGCUCUUUAUGUGAUGAGCCAUGGACUGAUUUUCAAGCAGGAGGGCAAGACAAAGAAGGUAGUGGUUUCAGCAUCCGAGUUUAGAAAGAGGAUUGGGCUGGCUUUGACCAAACUUGGGGAUGACAUAUAUGUGAUUGGAGGGGUUAUUGGCCCCGACGGGUGGAACCGGGAAAUCCAGCCUUUGUCGGAUGUUGAUGUGUUGACUGUUCUUGGGGAAAGGCCGGCUUGGCAUCGAGCAGCUCCAAUGACGAGGUGCCGUGGAACUAUUUUAGGAUGUACACAGCUGAGAAUCUAAGCUCUCUGCUGGGGGGUUCUUUUUCUUUUGUGCUUCGUGUUUUGUUGUGAAAGGGUGAUGAUGCUGUUGACUCCAUGCUUGGACAGAAAGGGAAUGGCAAUUGUUCUCUGGUUGUCUGCCUAUCCAGUUCCUUGGUUAUUGCCCUGUAUUGAUUCUAGUUCGUUUUAUGGGUCCUUCAGGGGAAGUCCCUCAUCUCUCCUCUUGAGGGGCGAAGGCAACAACUGACGUUGAAUCCGGGCUUCAACGAGCACUGCAGUUGUACCUGGAAGUUUGUUCAGGAUUUACUGUUGACGAAAGCCAUUGUUUUUUUAUUCUUUGUACUUCAGUGUAUCUUAGCAAACAAAUGUAGUUUUUCAUCUGUCGCUCCUCUUGUUGCUAGUCCCUUACCUCGAACCCAGCUUAAGUGUAUCCUAUAGUAAAAACACAAAUACACUUUUUUUUUUCCGGUUUAUGCUAUUGGCUUCUUCCCUAUGUCAUAGUUUAUGCUUUGCUUGUCCAUUAGAAUUUUCAUCUUCUUGUCAAACUGGUUCUAUGUCCAAUAUGUUCCUUUUUUAUUACCAUCGUAGCGGUAAAUGAUUGGCCGAAACUCUAUGCUCAAUUCGUUUA